AUGGACGCUCGGGUACGUUCCCUUCCCACCCUCGGCGUUCCGUGCACUCGAAGGCACGCUCCGACGAUGCUGCCGUCCCCGUCGCUCCUCGGGCCGAAGCUGACCUCGAGGCCGACGCAGCCCUUUCGACCUCGCGGGGCGGAAAACGUCGUGCCCCCUCUGCACCAGCGCCACAAGUCGACCGGUAACCUCGCCGUCAUGCCCGCCGCCCUGACGUCGGGCCUGCGAGGCCCCGCCAAGCGUGCGGCCUUUGGCGACGUCACCAACAUGGCCAAGACGGUGGUGGCCGUUCGGGACGACGUCAAGGCCGUCAAGCCUCAAGCCGUCGUGCCCUCCCACGCCCCGCAGCCGCUCGCCGCCGUGGUGAACAAGGAAAACAUGCCGUACGGCGGCGGCAAGGACGCCCUCGCUCGUGCCGCCCAUCGAACCGCGGCGUUGCCGAGAAAGGUCAAGGCCGUGCUCGAGGUGCGACGGUCGGAGACGGCGAGGGAAGUCGUGCCACCCGCCGCUCGAGAGACUGCAAGCCACGCCGGCAGGGGAGAUUUGGCCCUUCCGCCGCAGCCGGCGGCCGCGGACGUCGGCGAGGACUCCCACCUCGCACCCGCACAGCCGUCGCAGGAGAGCGUGCCCUUGCAACCUCGGCACCACAAAAGCCAGCCCCAGCUCAAGGCCCACCAGCCGACGCUUCGGAGAACGCAGAGCCGGCAGCUCGAGAGGACCGACAAGGCCGUCGAGGUGCCCGCGGGAACCUACGCGGACCCUGGCGGCAUGCUUUCGCGUGCCACGGAGCGGUUCGCCGUCCCUCCGUCGCAUGCUCGUGCCGCCGCCGCCGCCGCCGCCGCCCACGAUGCACCGUCCGACGUGCACCAGAACGGGGCGUACCUGGAGCUCCGCACCAAACUGCCGGAAAUUUCCGAGGAACCUCAUCACGCUCCCGCGCCCUACCGGGACGGCCGCACGCCCGCCCUCUCGGAGCCCGAGGAGUGGGACGAGGAGGAUGACGAGGAUUUCGACGACCAGGACCAAGCCUACACCACGGCACACUCGUUCCGCUCGCGCGACCUCACCACGGGCGGCGUGACGACGCUGCUCGCGCCCCGGCUCACGGCCCGGGUGCAGCGCGAGCUCGACGAGGCUCGGCUCGAGGUCCAGCAGACCCGCUCGAUGGAUGAUAUUGAGGAGGAGAUGUGGGACGUGAGCAUGGUGGCCGAGUACGGCGAGGAGAUUUUCGACUACCUGCGCGAGCUCGAAAUCAAGAUGCUCCCGAACCCUCACUACAUGGAGAUGCAGACGGAGAUACAGUGGUCCAUGCGCUCGGUCCUCAUGGACUGGCUUGUCCAGGUCCACAACCGAUUCAGCCUGCUGCCCGAGACGCUCUUCCUCACCGUCAACUACAUCGACCGCUUCCUCUCCUGCAAGGUCGUCUCCGUCGGCAAGCUGCAGCUCGUCGGCGCCACGGCCAUCCUCGUCGCCUCCAAGUACGAAGAGAUCAACUGCCCGUCGCUGGAAGAAAUCGUGUAUAUGGUGGAUGGAGGCUACAGCGUCGAGGAGAUUCUCAAGGCCGAACGCUUCAUGCUCAGCAUGCUCAGCUUCGAGCUUGGGUGGCCGGGACCUAUGAGCUUCCUGCGGCGCGUCAGCAAGGCCGACGACUACGACCUCGACACCCGCACCUUGGCAAAGUACUUUCUCGAGCUGACCAUCAUGGACGAGCGCUUCGUCGCCUCGCCGCCGAGCUACCUCGCGGCGGGCGCCCACUGCCUGUCGAGGCUGGUGCUGAAGAAGGGUGACUGGUCGAAGCAGCACGUGCACUACUCGGGAUACACGUGGACCCAGCUCAAGGCGCUCGUCACCAUGAUGAUCGAGUGCUGCGACCGUCCUCGGCUCCACCACUCGGCCGUGUUCGAGAAGUACAAGGACAAGCGGUUCAAGGAGGCGUCGACGAUUGUGCAGAACGCCCUCGACGCAGGCUUCACCAUGCCCCACGAGACGAUGCCCAUCCGGCAAGCACGGCCGCGAUCGGGCGCCUUGGAGGAGAGCCACGCGGAUGCGCUCUCGUACGCCGGCGGCCAGCUCGUCUCGACGGAAGGAUAG